GUUAAGCAACGGCGGCGGCGGCGGCGGUUCCUGUUUCCGUUUUUUCCUCUCCUUCAGUAGGGAAUAGCAUCCUCCACCCAGCCACCCCUCCCACUACCCCAACGCGGGGCAGCUGCGGCUGAGGGCUGUAGCGGCGGCGGCGGCGACUGGGGAACUGCGGAGACCGCCUCUGCUCCCGCCUCGGGUUGCUGCUUUUGCUAAGAGAGCACCCAUGACCCUGAUGAUGUUUCCAUUCACAAUAAAGGGCUCUAUUGCCUUCAUUGAUUAGCUGAUCAAAUUCAGUUGGUAAUUUUAGUGACCCAGAUUCAAGCAGUAAUAUCUUCCAUUGGAAAUAUGUGAUUUCGUCAUCUUAUGUUCUAGGGGAAGAAAGCAUGUAGAGUCCAUGAAGCACAGGACAGUAAAGCUUCCUACUCAUACCACCAGGAGGAUCUCUUGGAAAGAGUCAUCACAGGACUACCAGAGAGACUAAUUUGUCUGAAGCAUCAUGUGUUGAAAGAACAGAAGGCUACUACCUUUGCACUCGCUAGAAAUAGAGUGACGAUGUUUUCAAUUCCUUGAGUUCCAGGAACCCAGGAGAGUGAACUGAAACUCUGAAAAUGCGGCCAUGGACUGGUUCCUGGCGUUGGAUUAUGCUCAUUCUUUUUGCCUGGGGGACCUUGCUAUUUUAUAUAGGUGGUCACUUGGUACGAGAUAAUGACCACCCUGAUCACUCUAGCCGAGAACUGUCCAAGAUUUUGGCAAAGCUUGAACGCUUAAAACAGCAAAAUGAAGACUUGAGACGAAUGGCUGAAUCUCUCCGAAUACCAGAAGGCCCCAUUGAUCAGGGGCCAGCUUCAGGAAGGGUUCGUGCUUUAGAAGAGCAGCUUGUGAAGGCCAAAGAACAGAUUGAAAAUUAUAAGAAGCAAACUAGAAAUGGUCUUGGGAAGGAUCAUGAAGUCCUAAGGAGGAGGAUUGAAAAUGGAGCUAAAGAGCUCUGGUUUUUUCUACAAAGUGAGUUGAAGAAAUUAAAGAAUUUAGAAGGAAAUGAACUCCAAAGACAUGCAGAUGAAUUUCUGUCAGAUUUGGGACAUCAUGAAAGGUCUAUAAUGACGGAUUUAUACUACCUCAGUCAAACAGAUGGAGCAGGUGAUUGGCGGGAAAAAGAGGCCAAAGAUCUGACAGAGCUGGUCCAGCGGAGAAUAACAUAUCUUCAGAAUCCCAAGGACUGCAGCAAAGCCAAGAAACUAGUGUGUAAUAUCAACAAAGGCUGUGGCUAUGGCUGUCAGCUCCAUCAUGUGGUCUACUGCUUCAUGAUUGCAUAUGGCACCCAGCGAACACUCAUCUUGGAAUCUCACAAUUGGCGCUAUGCUACUGGGGGAUGGGAAACUGUGUUUAGACCUGUAAGUGAGACCUGCACAGACAGAUCUGGCAUCUCCACUGGACACUGGUCAGGUGAAGUAAAGGACAAAAAUGUUCAGGUGGUUGAGCUCCCCAUUGUAGACAGUCUUCAUCCUCGUCCUCCAUAUUUACCCCUGGCUGUACCAGAAGACCUUGCAGAUCGACUUGUACGAGUCCAUGGUGAUCCUGCAGUGUGGUGGGUGUCCCAGUUUGUCAAAUACUUGAUCCGCCCACAACCUUGGCUGGAAAAAGAAAUAGAAGAGGCCACCAAGAAGCUAGGCUUCAAACAUCCAGUUAUUGGAGUCCAUGUCAGACGCACAGACAAAGUGGGAACAGAAGCAGCCUUCCACCCCAUUGAGGAAUACAUGGUACAUGUUGAAGAACAUUUUCAGCUUCUUGCUCGCAGAAUGCAAGUGGAUAAAAAAAGAGUAUAUUUGGCCACAGAUGACCCUUCUUUAUUAAAGGAGGCAAAAACAAAGUACCCCAGUUAUGAAUUUAUUAGUGAUAACUCUAUCUCUUGGUCAGCUGGACUACAUAAUCGAUACACAGAAAAUUCACUUCGAGGUGUGAUCCUGGAUAUACACUUUCUCUCCCAGGCAGACUUCCUAGUGUGUACUUUUUCAUCCCAGGUCUGUCGAGUUGCUUAUGAAAUCAUGCAGACACUGCAUCCCGAUGCCUCUGCAAACUUCCAUUCUUUGGAUGACAUCUACUAUUUUGGAGGUCAAAAUGCCCACAACCAGAUUGCCAUUUAUCCUCACCAACCUCGAACUGCAGAUGAAAUCCCCAUGGAACCUGGAGAUAUCAUUGGUGUGGCUGGAAAUCAUUGGGAUGGCUAUUCUAAAGGUGUCAACAGAAAACUGGGAAGGACGGGCCUCUAUCCCUCCUACAAAGUUCGAGAGAAGAUAGAAACAGUCAAGUACCCCACAUAUCCUGAGGCUGAGAAAUAAAGCUUAGAUGGAUGAGAAAGACAACCAAACUCAGUUCAAACCGUUUGAGCCAAACAGUAGAUGAAGAAGGCCCCAACCUAACAACUCAUGGUUAAAUGAGUCAACACCCCCAGCGCCAGGAGCAGCUGGGAUCUGACAGAUGCUUCACUGGUGGAAUUCCUCUUUAACAAGGGCUACCGUGCCCUCAAAACCAUGCACAGUCCGAUAAUGUACUCACGUAUAACAUACAAACAGGUUGUUUUCUACUUUGCCCGUUCUUUCAAGAUUAUGUCCCCAUGAAACAAACACUGCCACAUUGUGUAAUUUAAGUGACACAGACAUUUUGUGUGAGACUUCAAACAUGGUGCCUAUAUCUGAGAGACCUAUGUGACCUAACGAGAUGACUCAAAUAGCUCCCUCCUGCGGGGAGCUUGAUUCUUAGCCAGUGGUGGUAUUGUAACCACUGAAUUCACUCCAAUCAACAGAUUCAAAAUGAGAAUGGAUGUUUUUGUCUGGAAUUUUUUUUUGAGUAAUUGUACCAGUUCAUCCACCUCAUCAUUAAUAAGUGAAGGAUACAACAGAAAAUAAAAUAUUCAUACUCCAUUAGGAACUUUUGUAAAACAAUACCAUGAACAGAUUCUUUAGUACUCAAUGUUUCCGGACAUUCUCUUUGAUAACAAAAAAUAAAUUUUAA